AUGCUUGCACCGUCGAAACCUCGGGGAUAUGGAUCCUCGGACAAUACCUUCUAUCCAAUGGUCAUACUAGGAGCCGGUAUGGGGGGCAUUGGUAUGGCUUGCCAACUGAAAGAUAAGCUUGGUUUCGAUCAGUUUCGUCUUUUUGAGCGCCAGUCCGGCAUUGGAGGGACUUGGUGGAUAAACAGAUACCCUGGUGUCGCAUGUGACAUCCCAGCAAUAUUUUAUUCGUUUUCCUUUCAUCAGAAUCCGAACUGGUCAUCAUUCUUCCCUAGUGGAGAAGAAAUACUGCGGUAUCAGCAAUCAAUUGUCGAAAAAUAUCAGCUUAUCGACAAGAUACAGCUGAAUUCUGACGUUGUCCACUGUCAGUGGGAUGACUUUAAGAAUGAAUGGGAAAUAACCGUUCGCCAUCUGGUUCCUGGUAUGGGAGACCUCUCUGCGGCAGAACGGCAAAAGCGGGCAAAUCUUGAUGGCCCCGAUUCGGUCUAUAUCUCAUCAGAGAUCGUACGGUGCAAAGUACUUGUUAGUGCGGUUGGGGGCCUGGUGGAACCACGAGGCUGGCCCUCAGAUGUUGCAGGCCAUGACAAGUUUCAGGGUGAAAUUUUUCAUUCAGCCAGAUGGAAUGAGAAUGUUAACCUCUCUGGAAAGAACGUUCUGGUGGUAGGUACAGGAUGCAGCGCGGCUCAGAUUGUUCCAAAACUUCUUGCUGAAAGGGGUGUCAAGAGAGUGACCCAAGUAAUGCGAGAGGCGCCUUGGGUUGUUCCAAGAUUAACACCACCAUUUGGGGACGAAGGCUGGAACAAGCUUGCGCCAAGACUAUUCAGCACAAUCCCCGGUCUGAUGAACUUUCUUCGAAAGAUUGUCGCCAUUCAAAUUGAUGCUACUUUUGCUUAUUUUGGCGCGUCAGAGUCCAGCCAAAGAGCACGGGAGAAGCUACGAGACGAUUUACUUGCUCAUCUUCACAAGACAGCUCCAACAAAAUAUCACCAAAUUCUCACCCCCAAUUACGAUGUCGGCUGCAAGCGCCGGAUAUUCGACACCGAUUGGUUCCCAAGUCUAUCUGAUCCCCGGCUCGAACUCACUACUCUGGGGCUCAAAAGUGUAAACAGCACCGCUGCGAUCCUGGCGCCAUCUCGGAAGACACAUCCAUCGGAAGCUCAGAUGGAAGAAAGAGAAAUACCAUGUGAUGUUAUUAUCCUUGCCAACGGCUUCGAAGUAAGCAGUUGGUUCCACCCACUAAUGGUAGUCGGAUUAGACGAAAAAAGUUUGAACUCUGUCUUUGAUAAGAGAGGAGGUCCUCAGAUGUAUAAAGGUACUGCGUUGGAUGGAUUUCCGAACUUUUUUGCCUUGUUUGGCCCAAAUUCGUUUAGCGGACAUUCAAGCGUCAUUUUGGGCCUUGAAAACCAGAUCACCCAUGCUAUUAAGCUCAUCCGCCCACUAUUACAGAACGAUAUUUCCAAGAUUAAUUUAAAAACAGAGGCAGCGUUAUCAUACAACCAAGAAAUACAGGCCGCGUUGAAGAAUAUGGUUUGGAAUAGCGGCGGCUGUUCAAGUUGGUACCUCUCCAGCGAUGGUCACAACUCAGUCAACUAUCCGUAUAGCAUGUUGUGGCAAAGCUGGACAUGUCUCUAUCCUACAUGGUCUCACUGGAAUGUAUCAUGGACUUUGCAAGGCCGUAGGAAGAGGAAUGUCCGAAUAUUCCGACGACUUGCCAUCUUGAUUACAAUUACAUACUUCUUAUUCAAUACACGUUGGAAUCACCUUCUUUCCCUCUUAAGGAAUAGAGAAAGUUGGAAGACUUAUUAA